AUGAAGCCUACAAAGCCAUUCUUCCGACGGGUGGUUGCCGUGUGCUGCUUUUUUCUCACGUUGAUAUGCAAGGGCUAUGCCUUUUCCUUUCCACUGAUGCAUCCUAAAGGUAGUCGCGUAUUGUGUCUCUAUCGCCGCAAUAUUGUGGGACUUGGUAUUGCUCUAGAUGAGUCGUCUACACAAUGUGAACUAUGUGCCUACGACAAGGCAUUUGAAGUGGGGUCAUCAUUGCUGGAUGCUUUCGCGAAUGGUCAAGUCUCCGAGGACGUUGCCUUGCCAGGUAUACGCAUGACUUCGAUACCGCCUGAGACUAACAGAAUACUGCAAGAAAUUGAACAAGUUCAAGACUUGGUGAUGGACGAAGCAUUCCAAGUUUCGUUUGAGAAGGAGGAGGAGUCCUACUAUUAUUCCCUGCCACCACCAUAUCUAUCAAAUUCUUCCACCUCGUCGUCAUCUCGCUGGGUUCAAGUUUUGCCAGAGUUGCAAGAUUUGUUCACAGAAGCCUUUCAAGCGGUAGUAGAAUCGCAUCGAUUAUUGAACGAAAGUUCCGGCGUCCAACUAAGUCCCUACGAUCUUUUUCAUGGACACCUCUUUCGACGAUCCACCUAUCACCAGAAGGGCACUGUCCUCUACUCCAAAAACGAGACUCACAUCCAAUCAUUCAAGAAUCAAGAAGAUGAACAGAUCGAAAUAGGUUCACCUCACCACCAGCUCGGGAUUUUGUUUCACUGCUGCGAGUAUCCAGCAAUGGACAACCCACAGGGUAUCCUAGAGGGAAUUCCGUUGGGAAAUGAUCAAGUUGGAUCGACUUGUCAGCCAACCUUGGAGGAAUGGAAGUUUCGCAAUGUGCUGUGGUUGGCAGGGUGGCAGAAUAUCGACGGUAGACAACAAAGAGAAGAAUCAUCAUCAUCAUCAUCAUUAUCCCUUCAGCAACCACCGAAUAUGUGGUUAUUGAAUGGAAGUGCACCCGAAAUCUCUCAGUUGCAAAUGGAUGGAUCCGAGUUUGGUCCGCAGUCUCCCAAUACGGUGUGGGAAGGCUUUCUAGUGGCUAAUAAAAAGAUUACCGCGACGGAUGCGAGGAAUGGCAAUAAUGGCGAUAAUUAUACCCAAUGUGGUGGUCUCGUUGCGGAUCUUUACUACUGUACGGAGAGUGGAUCCAUUUGGUGUAAAAUGUGCUAG